GCCGCGCUCGCGGCAGCGCGGCGGCAGUCAGAAGCGAUCCCGCGCGCCAGUCGAGUAGAGCCAAACCGCGGCACACCACCCGGCGUUCCGCGCGCCACCGAACACCCCGCCCCGCCACGCCCCACCACGCCCCGCCACACCACGCCAGCGGCAGAACCUGCGCAACAUCCCCCGCGGUCCUGCACCCUGCGGCAGGGUCCCCGGGACCAGGGGCACCUCCUCCCUCCUCGCCGAGGCACUCCGGGGCCGUCGCGGGGCAGCUAAAGACUUUGGGCGAGCCGCCCUGCGCCGCACCUGUGCAGUACGACCUGUGCAGCAUGGAGGAAUAGUUGGACCUCUACAGCAGCGCGCCUUCGUCCUUCUGCCCAUUUGUCGCCAUGCCGCCAUCCGCCCCUGACAUAACUCUGGACAGCGGCACCAAGAAACACCCUGACGGAGACCACGGGCUGUCGGCCAAUCACCAGCGAGAUGCGGCGACGACCGACGGCUUCGCCAUCCUCAACCCGGGAGCAGAGGACGAGAUCGAGGUGCACGGCUACAGGCGCUGCUGGCUGCGCACCAGCCUGUGCUGGGCGCUCGUCAUCCUCACGCUGGGCUCGCUGCGACUGCUGCUGCACUGGUACCCGCAGUGGCUGCUGCGCGCCACGCAUCGCCGAUGCAGCCUCGCCCAGGCCUCCAAGCUCCUCGCCGUGGACCGCUACCAAAACAAACACAAAUCCUAUUUCGUGCGGACCGUCGAGACAUUUGACCUUGCCGAAAAGAGUGAUGAAGCGGCGGCCGGCGCGGACAAGCCAACCCUAAGCAAGACUCGAGUGUGGCUGGACGACGGCUCAACCAGAGAGGUGUCGCGGGUGCGAUGGGUCAGCAUCAAGAAGCUGCGAUACCUGUGGGACGAGCGGGCGGCGCGCUUCAGCCGCCUCGCCGGCCUGGACGGCGUGGACGCGGCCGACAUCCACGGCGUCGCCCUCGCGCCCCUCAGCGACCAGCAGCAGGCCACCAGGCGGCUGCUGUAUGGCCUCAACGACAUGGAGAUCCGCGUCCAGGGCAUGCUGGAGCUGCUGCUGCUGGAGCUGCUCAACCCCUUCUACGUCUUCCAGCUGUUCUCGCUGGCCGUGUGGUUCUCCGAGGGCUACUACUACUACACGAUCGCCAUCGUCAUCAUGAGUGCGUUCGGCAUCACCUUCAGCGUGCGCCAGACUAGAGGGAACCAGAUCUCGCUGCACAGCACGGUGCACUCCUCCGACGUGGUGACGGUGAGCCGCGGCGGGGGCGAGUUCGCCGACGUCAGCACGACGGAGCUCGUGCCCGGGGACGUGAUCGUCAUCCCUCAGCACGGCUGCACCCUGCACUGCGACGCCGUGCUGCUCAACGGCCACUGCAUCGUCAACGAGAGCAUGCUGACGGGCGAGAGCGUGCCCGUCACCAAGACCCCGCUGGGCCGCGUGGCUGGCGUGCCGUACGACGCCAAGGAGGACGCCCGGCACACCCUGUUCGGCGGCACCACCGUCAUCCAGACGCGCUUCUACGGCGAGCAGAGGGUGCUGGCCGUGGUGGUGCGCACCGGCUACCUCACCUCGCGCGGCGCGCUCGUCCGCUCCAUACUGUACCCGCCGCCCGCCGAUUUCCGCUUCGAGCGCGACUCGUACAAGUUCAUCGGCAUCCUGGCCGGCAUCGCCGUCGCCGGCCUCGUGUACACCUGCGUCGCCAAGGGGACGAGGGGCAUCAGCGCGGGCGAUAUCGCGCAGAAGGCCCUGGACCUCAUCACCAUCGUCAUCCCCCCGGCGCUGCCCUCGGCGCUCAGCGUCGGCAAGCUGUGCGCGCAGAACCGCCUGCAGAAGCUCAACAUCUUCUGCGUCAACUCCAGGGUCAUCAACGUGGCCGGGUCGCUGGACUGCGUCUGCUUCGACAAGACCGGCACGCUGACAGAGGACGGCCUGGACCUGUGGGGCGUGGUGCCCGCCGAGGGCGGUGCGCUCGCCGACCCCAUCAAGGACCCCCGCGAGCUGCCCGACACCCACCCGCUGCUGUGCGCCAUGGCCGCCUGCCACUCCCUCACCCGGAUCGACGGCGAGCUCGCGGGCGACCCCCUCGACGUCAAGAUGUUCGAGUCCACCGGCUGGGAGCUGGAGGAGCCCGACGUGCCCGACACGUCCAAGUUCGACCUGCUGGUGCCGUCGCUCGUGCGGCCGCCGAAUCAGACCCCGCAGGGGUCCGACGAGGAGGUUCCUUACGAGAUCGGCCUGGUGCACCAGUACCAGUUCUCCUCCACGCUGCAGCGCAUGAGUGUGGUGACGAGGCAGUUGGGCGUCUCCAACCUGGUGGUCUACUGCAAGGGCUCGCCCGAGACCAUCGCCUCGCUCUGUGAGCCCGAGACAGUCCCUGCCGGGCUGGCCGCGAGACUGUCCGCGCUGGCGAGCCAGGGCUUCCGCGUGCUGGCCGCCGGCCGGCGUGUGAUCCCGGCCGCCUCGCUGCCGCGCCUGCUCAAGCAGCCGCGCGCCGACAUGGAGCGCGAGCUGCACUUCGCCGGCCUCAUCGUCAUGGAGAACCGGCUCAAGCCGCAGACGCACGGCGUCAUCCGCCAGCUCCAGGACGCCAACAUCAAGGUCGUCAUGGUCACAGGUGACAACGUGCAGACGGCGGUGUCGGUGGCCCGCGAGUGCGGCAUGGUGUCGCCGCGGCAGCGGGUCGUGUCCGUCGACGUGGUGCUCGGCGACAAAGACGGCCCGCCCAAGGUCAUGUACUCUACGGCCAGCCAGCCCUCGCCGUCGUUCAGCGCGGUGGGGCCGGCCAGGAUGCAGCAGCAGAAGCAGCUGGCCCGCGUGGAGAGCGGCGUGCUGCAAGAGACCCCCUACGUGUUCGCCGUGACGGGGCGCUCCUGGGCCGCGCUGCGCGAGCACUUCCCCGACCUGCUGCCGCGCGUCUGCGUGCGCGGCGCCGUCUUCGCCAGGAUGUCCUCGGACCAGAAGCAGCAGCUCGUCAACGAGCUCCAGGACCUCGGCUACUACGUGGGCAUGUGCGGCGACGGCGCCAACGACUGCGGCGCCCUCAAGGCUGCCCACGCCGGCAUCUCCCUCUCCGACACCGAGUCCUCGGUGGCCGCGCCGCUCACCGCCAAGGAGCCGCACAUCGGCUGCGUGCCGCACGUCAUCCGCGAGGGCCGCGCCGCGCUCGCCACCUCCUCGAGCAUCUUCAAGUUUAUGGUUGCCUACUCGCUGACGGAGUUCACGUCGGCCAUCGUCCUGUACGGCAUGGACUCGAAUCUGACUGACCUCGAGUUUCUCUUCAUCGACGUGGGCCUGGUGAUGAACAUCGCGUUCCUGUUCAGCAAGACGGACUCGUACCAGGGCCCGCUGGCCAAGCACGCUCCGCACACCUCGCUCGUGUCGCUCAGCCCCAUCCUGUCCCUUACUCUGCUCAUGGGCUGCAACAUCGCCUUCCAGGCGGCGGCCUACCACCUCACCAGCAUGUUCUCCUGGUACGAGCCAUUCGUGCCCGAGGACACCAAGGACUACGCGUGCCUGGAGAACUUCUCCGUGUUCAGCGUGUCCAUGUUCCAGUACAUCGUGAUGGCGGUGGCGUACUCGCAGGGCGCGCCGUACCGCGCCUCGAUCCUGACGAACCGCUGGUUCAGCGCGAUGCUCGCGCUCAUGGUGGCCGUGUGCGUGUACAUCACCAUGUGGCCAGCCGGCUGGGUACAGUCCGCGCUCCAGCUCGUCAUGCCGCCCUCCGACUUCCGCGAGCUGCUGCUGGCGCUGGCUGCCGCCAACUUGGUGGCCUGCCUGUUCUUCGAGAAGGUGGUCGUGCAGUGGCUGGUGCAGGACAAGCUGCGCUACUGCUGCCACGACGUGUCCAAGUCCCGUCGGAAGUUCCUCGCCGUCGACGGCGCCCUGUCGGACACGGAGCACUGCUGGCCGCCCCUCGAGGACCUGCGCGUGCUCACCGGGGCCGGGGCCACCGGCGGCGUGGCGCUGGUCGUGCCGCCCGCCAGCGUGCCGCCCACCCCCGAGGACCCCGUCCCCGUGGCGCGCACCAUGCUCAAGGCCACCGUGCUCAAGGCCAUGGGGCCGAGCGCCGGCGGAGACCCUCUGGCCUUGCCCAGCAUAUCGAUGGUGGUGAGCGAGAGGGAGCGCUCCGAGAUGACCAAGCUCUGAGAGACUCCUGGUCCUGGUCGAGACUCCUCUUAGCACCGCAGUGUGUUGCCUCCUCCCUGCUCACCGCCUCCAACAGGGUGGGGGUGGUUUGCGUCUCAAACGCCAAACCGGCGUAUUAUUGUCCCAUUUUAGGAUCUCGGAGUAACUAGAAUGGCCGUGAGUUUGAAAGGAAGGCAGAGAAUUAUUUCCGACUGUAUCAGAUCACCCUCCUCGCAAGCUUUGUCAAUUGAUUUAGAUAGAGUUUGAUUUUUUUCUCACAUUCAAUAUUUAGGCCAAGAGCACCGACAGUGUAGAAAGUUACCACAAUGCUAUUGCCCACAUAUGGUUUCCCACCUCAGCUAAAGUACCUGAAUAUGUAUGUAAUUGUGUAGGAUGAGUGAGGACCAUAUUGCGCAGGCCUGAAACGUGAUUCGGUUUGACGGCGGCAUCAGACGAAA